UCUUAGUAUAUAUGAGUACACAAAUUUGAGAUAUUUCCCGAAAUUUUAGGGAGAUUGUGCUGUAAGGAUAAUAAAGAUGCCACCCAAAUUGAAGUUCACGGAAGGUGAGAAGGUUCUCUGUUUCCACGGACCGCUUAUCUAUGAAGCCAAAAUGCUGAAAAGUAUGGUCAUGAAGGACAAACAAGUGAAAUAUUUUAUUCACUACGCUGGUUGGAAUAAAAAUUGGGAUGAGUGGGUACCGGAAAACCGUGUACUGAAAUACAAUGAAUCCAACGUUCAGCGGCAGAAGGAGGUCACCAAGCUGCAUUCGUCUCUGGCGGCGAAGAAUAAAAAGGCCAAUGUAAAAGCUAAGAAAGCCGAUACUAGUGCGGGUUCUAGCAAAGACAGCGAUUCCCGAGCAUCCACUCCUUCAAAGGAGAUUACAAAGGAAAAAGAACCAACGGUGACACCUUCGGGAACGGUUACUCCGACUGUAUCCGGUUCCAGUACGGCGUCCAGCACAGCUUCAACCAGUCGCAGCAGGGCAUCGGUGAAAGCUACUACCACACCAGCUCCGCCCGCCAAGGAUAAGUCUGAAGAAAAGGAAACACCUACCGAGAAACGUAAAUCGGAAGAUGCUGCCGAGAACUCCGCUUCUGCUCGGAAGAAGCGUGGUCGUAGCGAUACUACUUCCUCCAACGUCGAAUCGGAAGAUCAAUUCGUCUCGAAAGUGGAAGUCAAGAUCAAGAUUCCGGACGAGUUAAAACCCUGGCUGGUGGAUGAUUGGGAUGCAAUUUCUCGGCAGACCAAACUGGUUGAACUUCCUGCUAAAACAACCGUCCAAGAGAUAGUGGAUAAUUACGUUCAGUACAAGAAAUCCAGCAAAGUUUCUACAGCCACGAAAGAGAACGCAGUACAGGACAUUGCCAAUGGCAUCAUAGAGUACUUCAAUGUUAUGCUCGGAUCGCAAUUGUUGUACAAAUUCGAACGUCCACAGUAUGCCGAGAUGAUUCAGAACCAACCAGGAGUACCGAUGGCUAAGAUUUACGGGGCAUUCCACUUGCUGCGGUUGUUCGUUAAACUAGGUUCGAUGCUGGCAUUUACUGCACUGGAUGAGAAGGCUAUUCAGACGUUGAUAGGUCAUAUUCAAGACUUUUUGAAGUACAUGGUCAAAAACAGCUCAACGUUGUUCAGUAUGCAGCAGUACGUUAACACUAGCCCGGAGUAUCAUCGAAAGGCACAAUGAUUUCCAAUGAAAUUUCAUCGCUUCGAGAUGAACGGCUGAUUUAUCGGUAUUAAGAUUCCUAAUAUAAGAACAUUGAAUUUCUGAAGCUAAUGUUUAAACUAAACUUUGAAAUCAAUAACUGUCCAACUUUGUUUUGAGCUACCACAUUUAGAUGAUCCGAGAAAUCAGCACCCAGCUAGAAUAACGAAUGGCUUAUUCACCUUAGA